AUGACUGUGACAUACACUGCUGAAGUAGCCACAUGUAGAGGCUUAGGAUGUUUUCUUAAAUUGUUACUCAGAUGGCGAGCUAGUAUUUACAAACUUGUAUACAUCGAUCUGUUGCUCUUUCUCACAAUUUACUACACACUGUCAAUAAUUUAUCGAUUUGCGCUUAAUGAAGAGGCAAAAAGAAAAUUUGAAUCAGUUGUUGCUUAUUGCAAUGAAUACAGUGAUCUCAUACCAUUGUCUUUUGUGCUUGGUUUUUAUGUGAGUAUCGUAAUGACUAGAUGGUGGAACCAAUAUAUGGCUAUUCCGUGGCCUGACUCAAUUGCCGUCUUUGUGUCGGCUACCAUUCACGGUAACGACGAGAGAGGAAGACUUAUGAGACGUACAAUUGUCAGGUACGUGUGUGUAUGUCUGACAUUAGUUCUUUCAAACAUAUCACCACGAGUGAAAAAACGUUUUCCAACUCUCGACCACUUUGUCGACGCCGGUCUGUUAUUGGAAAAUGAGUUAGUAAUUUUCCAAAAUUUAAAUAUGAAGUUUCCGAAGCCGAGCAAACACUGGCUCCCAAUAGUCUGGGCUUCGAGUAUAGUAACACGUGCUAGAAAAGAAGGCCGCAUUAGAGAUGACUUUGCUGUUAAAACUCUGAUCGAUGAAUUGAAUAAAUUCCGCGGGAAUUGCGGAAGGCUGAUUCACUACGAUACUAUUUCAGUGCCGCUUGUUUACACGCAAGUCGUCACAAUAGCAGUGUAUUCGUAUUUCCUCACAACAGUGAUGGGCCGUCAGUGGGUUGAGACUACAAAAUCAGAGCAAAAAUUAUCAAAUAUUUCCAACAUAGAUCUCUACUUUCCCUUCUUCACGACUCUGCAAUUUUUUUUCUACAUGGGAUGGCUAAAAGUCGCUGAGACUUUGAUAAACCCAUUCGGCGAAGACGACGAUGAUUUUGAGGUCAAUUGGAUAGUCGAUAGAAAUUUACAAGUCAGUUAUUUAAUCGUCGAUGAAAUGCAUCACGAUCACCCUGAAUUGAUUCGUGACCAGUAUUGGGACGAAGUGUUUCCUAUUGAGUUGCCUUAUACAGCAGCAGCAGAGCCGUUCCGUGAGGAACAUCCGGUACCUUCAACCGCUGGUAUUCAAUUAUCAGCCGCUCAACAAGAAUUACAGCCGUCCUCAGUGCGAAUUGAUGAAAUGAACCCACCGUCCGAUUUACCCUACAAUAAAUUCCGUAGUGAUGUAGCAGAUGACGCUAUAUCAGGAAUACACUUCAUGUCUGACUCGAAGAUGUCCAGGAGUGCUAGCAGAAUCAGCAACCGGGAUCGUUACAAUGGUGGUGGCUCUACGGCAAGUAAUAUUGGUGAGUCUCUCCCUCGCGUCAACAGCGUCACUAGUGUCUUAAAGAGAUUAUUCAGCAAGGAAGACAGGCCUGAUGGCAAUGCGGGUAAGACACCUGGAAGAAUUCCUAAUUCAGGUUCAUCUGCUUCACUGCAAAAUCGCAUGAGCGGCGUUCCUGCUGCUGGUGGCUCUACAAGAAUGGGAUUUGGAGCCAUUGAGGAAGUUGAUGAGCAGAUGACUAUCCAGUCGAUACGCGCUGGAGAACCUCGUCCUCAUGUUCAAAGUAUCUUUGCUUCUGGAGCUCCUCCUCCCAGCGCUCCAGUUGAUGUUCCGUCUUACAAAAAUCGUCAUCAUGAUUUAUUGUCAGUUAGUGCACCCGUUGGAGGUGCUAGGCCUCAUCAUGUCAGACCUCAAAGAUCCGUGAACAAUUCUAUGGGAUUACCAAUAGGAGGUAGUCCUGCUUCGGAUACUCCGAUCGACAAUCCAGAAGGACCAAUAGAAGAACACAUUCAGGAUAAUUUAAGUGUCAGAUCUUCAUCUUCAUCUCAAGGCAGUCACUUUUCUAAUUCUGAUGAUGACUUCAACCGGCUUAAGAGCGAGAGAAUUAAACAGCGGAGAGAUAAAGCUAUGAGAAAACUUGUUAAGAGUAUAGGCAGCAGUCGACAAGGUAUUAGUGGUAAUAUUAGAUCUUCCUUGGAACUCGAUGGCGAGACAUUAUUGUUAACAGAAUUAGCAGAGGCUUCAAAAUUCGCGUUAACUUCUUCUAAUAAACCAGAAAAUGUCUGA